UGAAACUUAAUGAAAGUGGCUGGGAGUCCUCUCUCUCACCCACACACACAGACACACACUUCUUCUUCUGGCACAUUUACACUCACACACAUCCUAGUGCAGGGAGCUGAAGCUCGGCUCAGUCCGGUCCUCUCCUGCUCGAGCGAGGAGCCUGCUGGUGAUCGGACUGUCUCCUGGAGCGAAGAGGCCAAACCGAUUCAAUUUUACAGCCAGGUUCGCCCUCUCUGAAGCUCCAGUUAGUCGGCUGAGGGAGUCGAGGGGGAGAGAACCAGUGGAAGAACAGGAAUAGUGAUGGCUAUGACCGACAUUGUAGAGGAUGACCUGGAUGAGAGGAUGCAGGAGGAGGCGGAGGAUGUGUUCCAGGAGGACGGUGUGGCGUCCCACAUCCCAGAGAUCAUGGCGGCCGGCACCCACUCCCCCGGUGGGCCCAAUGGCAUAAUCCGGAGUCAGUCCUUCGCCGGCUUCAGCACGCUACAAGAACGGCGCUCACGGUGUAACUCCUUCAUGGGGAACUCCGCUGUGCAGAAGAAGCCUCAGUCCAAACCCAAGAAGCCUCACCUGUCCGGACACAAGGGAGGAAGCAGCUCCAGAGACCCGCAGCCCAAAAGGCUGGAGGAGGUUUACACUGCGCUCAAACAAGGCCUGGAUGAGUAUCUGGAAGUGCAUCAAACAGAGCUGGACAAACUCAUGUCUCUGAUGAAGGACAUGAAGAGGAACUCUCGCCUGGGAGUGCUGUACGAUCUUGACAAGCAAAUCAAAACCAUUGAGAGAUACAUGAGACGUCUGGAGUUUCACAUGAGCAAGGUGGACGAGCUGUACGAGGCGUUCUGCAUCCAGAGCCGUCUGAGGGACGGUGCCAGCCGGAUGAAGCAGGCCUUCUCCUCCUCUCCCUCCACUAAAGGCACCAAGGAGAGCAUCGCUGAGGUCAACCGCCGCUACAAGGAAUACACCGAGAACAUGAGCACGUUUGAGAGUGAGCUGGAGAACCUGCUCGGGGAGUUUCAUAUCAAAAUGAAAGGAUUGGCUGGCUUUGCAAGACUCUGUCCUGGAGACCAGUAUGAGAUCUUCAUGCGUUACGGUCGCCAGAGGUGGAAGCUGAAGGGGAGGAUUGAGGUGAACUCCAGACAGAGCUGGGAUGGAGAUGAAAUGGUUUUCAUGCCGCUUAUCACUGACCUCAUCAACAUCAAGGUGACGGAGCUGAAGGGCCUGGCCACUCACAUGCUGGUGGGCAGUGUGAUCUGCGAGACUAAGGAGCUGUUCACCGCCAUGCCUCAGGUGGUGGCUGUGGACGUCAACGACCUGGGCACCAUUAAACUCAACCUGGAGGUCAUGUGGUACCCCUUCGAUGUCGAGGACCUGACUCUGUCGUCCAGCAACGUCAGCAAAGCCACAGCUCUGCAGAGACGAGUGUCCAUCUACAGCCAGGGGACGCCAGAGACACCCACCUUCCAGGACACCUCCUUCUUUUGGCGGCCACAUCCCGUGGAGCGCCAGCGCUUCUCCUUCCUGCACAUGCUCCGAGACACCCUGCUAGAGAAGCUCAGGCGCAGUCGCUCGUUUGGUGACCUGGCCUCGCUUCGGCCAAGGCCCAAAUCCAGUCUGGAGGUCUAUUCCACUCUACCAGAUGAUGUCUUUGAGAACGGCGGCUGUGGCAUGGCAGAAUGCAAGCGUCUCUCCUUUACCUUCUCCGACACCUCUGGUUCCACGGCCAGCCCCAGCCCCGCCCCGAGCUCCCACAGCCAGUCCAACCCGGAGAUCACCGUCACUCCUCCAGAAACUGAACCAUCGCCCACACAAAUCCUCCCGACAAGAGAGGACUCCAUCGCAGAGGAGCAUUUGGUGGAGGAAGAGGAGGAGGAGUAUGAAGAAGAUGGUGAUACAGGUAGUAGAGGAAGCAGGGGCACCAGCGGCAGCCUCGCCAGUGAUGAAGCUGAGGCGACAGAGGACUCAGAGUGGGAACGCACCGAGUCCCAGCGAAACUCUGGCUCCAACCGUGGUUCUGCUGCCCAGUCCCUGUGUUCUGACAGCCACCUGUCUACGGUGGCUCCAGAGGAUGUUUUCCUGGAUCACGCUGAUGAACUGAAACCCGUGGAACUGGACACGGAGGAGGCGGGCAGCCUGACCAGGCAGCUUGUGAAGAGGCUGACGUCUUCUGAAAUCGUGCCCCCCAACGGGAGCUCGGCCGAGGGUGGGGGAAGCCUGAGCUGGGCUGGAGAGGGGAGCAGGGCGUUCCUGGAGAGCAGCCUGGAGGAGGCCAUCCACAGCCUGCUGAUGAGGCUGGAGUCACUGACCCACCGCUGCCGAGAGCUGCAGGACCUGGAACAGGAAGUGAUGCGUCUGGAGGACCUGCUCAAGUGUCGUCUCCCGGGCCACAGGAGCAGGUCGUCCAGCCUCAGUCUGACGGUGGAGAGCGCCCUGGAGAGCUUCGACUUCCUCAACACGUCGGACUUCGAUGACGAGGAUACGGGAGACGAUAACGCCGUCCUCAGCCUCCCCCCGCAGAGGUCGCCGCUGUUUGAUGCCGAUGGAGAGAGGAUCGGGGGCCAGCAUCCAGAAGCCAGAGGACACCUGAGCGAGGCCCUGACAGAAGACACCGGGGUCGGAAACAGCGUGGCGGGAAGCCCCCUGCCUCUGACAACAGGAAACGAGAACCUGGACGUGGCCAUCGUCAUCCACCUGCAGUACUGUAACCACCUCAUACAGUUGUUGACAAACGGGGCGGGUGUGUGGCAGCGUCGCAGUCUGCUCAUCAAACUGUCCGCACAGACUCAGCUGUUAGAAGAACUAGCAGAGCUCAGUGUGGACAGACUGGGAGCCAUCACAUCUGCUGCUGAUGUCCUCCCGGGCCUCGCCGAGCGCCCCGAGCUGAUGACUCUGUGGUCGGAGUGCAGCGGGUCUGCGGGACUUUUCCACACCACACUGGACCGAGUGUUCAAACACAUGAACCAGCGCUACACGGCAGCGCUGCAGGAGAGGCACCCACACAGCGCUGACACAGUGAUUGGUGUCGUAGUGGGUGAGAUGGUUGACAGGAGCGACCUGGUGACGUCACACGACCCUCCCGCCUCUGCUCUGUCCCAGGACGUCCUGACCGUGUUUCAGUUCCACAGCUACAUCUCACAACACGAGGUUCAGGACAUGGAGACGCACCUGCUGCACCUGGCCAGAGAAGAGUUGUUUGCAGAGGCCCUCUGCAGUGGGGACUAUUCUCGGUGUCUAGCGGAGCUGGAGGUGGUGCCGGUGUCGACCCUGUGGCCUAAAAACAGCACCCUGAGGGCCCUGGCCUCCCUGCUCACCGCAGACGACGCUCAGGUCAACGAGGUUGCAGCUGACUACCUCUCCUCAGGAGCGUCACACGGCCACUUCAGGAGCAGGGCUGUGGAGUGCUACACUCAGGCACUGUCAGAGGCCGGAGGUCCGAGCCAGAGGGCGGCUUGUUCAGCUCUCAGCCGCCUGCAGGCUGUCGAGAGCAUCAGGGCGGUGGUAGCACUGUGCGAUUCAGCUGAUGAGGAGCUUCGCCACGUCGCCAUAGAAACACUACUCACAUUUGGUGAGGAGGGGCGGCUGGCAUACGAGCAGCUGGACACCAUGCCGGGGGAAAUGAUCCGACUGGGCACACGGCGAGGAAACGCUGUCACCACGGCCUUCUGAGCCACAGCUCCACGGAGAAGACGAGAGAUCUGAGGAUACCACUGCCCCCCUCAGCUCCACGCCACGCUGCACCUCACAGGGCUGUUCAUUUACUGAUCAGUUUAUUGAUCUCCAACCCGCCGCAUUCGAUCACUGUUCUUACUGAUACUGCCUCUUACAAGGAACUAACACCAAACAAACAGUCUUAACCACCAAGACACACAACCUAUACCCCUCCUGCACACACACACAAACGUUGUUCCGCCACCUUUACUCCCGCACACCCCCUCACUCACCCCCUUCCUCCCCCCCUGCGUUCUGAGCCAGGAACACUGGUCACGUUGAGGUUUCUCUUGAGCACAGCUUUGACGGGACACGAAGCCACUGAACGCUGUGGAAACUGGAAGCAGUGCAUCCUCACACAAACCACACGCCAACGCGCACAACACACGUAUCACUCACCCACUGAUUAACUCUCGUCUUGGCUGUUGCAGCAUCAGUCGUGUCAAGCAAUAUUCUAACUAUGACCUUUGUAUAAUCACUGUUUAUCACACGUUUAAGUUGGUGGCUUUUGCAUCACAGAUGUUUUUCGGCGCUUUCGGACGAUUUGCACUGUUGUAAUGCAUGUAAAUAUGGCAUAUUUUACACAGCCGGUGUAAUAUAUAUAUGGUUGUAAUUCAAAGUGUAUUUUUAGGUUCUGUUUUCUAGUACGUUCCAUUUUGAGUUUCAGGGAUUCUCGUGUGUUUUGUGGCGGCGAGGACCGUUAAUGAGUGGAGAGUGGCUUUGGAGAGAAAGUGAGGUGAAGCGGUGAAAGAGCGUCGAGCAGAUUUAAAAACCUCAAGUCGUGUUUAUCAGUGGAGACAUAAAAAAAGGAAGAAGCUCAGAUCUAAACUGCUGAGAGAGUGAACCUGGAGUUUUUCUCACACCUGCAGUCUAACAAGUGCAAUUUUUCUGUACAUAGCUGACGCCAGAAGACGUUUGUUAAAAGUCGGCCUUUUGACCAUUUGAGCCUUGAUGUGGUCGAGCAGGAAUUCUCUCUUUUUUGUAAAUGUUUUUUUUUUUUUUACUACCAGGUACGAAGCCACUCGAGGGCAAUAAAUUCAGUUUGCGGAGCAUGAGAGCGCACUUUCUCAGUAACUGUACGGAGGGGAUGGAUGGAUGGGUGGGUGUUGUUUCUGUUCUCGGUAACUGCACCUUCAUCCGUCGUGUGAGCGAAAAGCGAGAUGAGAAGUGAAGCUUUUUCUAUGAGAAGCUGCAGGAUGAAGUGUUUGGUGCGUCUCGGGUCGUCUUGUCCUUCUGCAACUGACCCGAGUUCAGCUUUUCUCAUUGUAACUGAACUACUGAGUCCAGUGAGACGAUAAAAUGCACAUCUGUUCUCACCUCUUAUUUAUUAUUUACCCCUCGGAUUUCUAAUAUGCUUUGGAAGUUUUACUGUAACCGUGCAGGUGACUUUAUGUAUAUAUUUAUGUUGGACUUUUGGAUCAGGUCUAGGACAGUUGGUUUAAAAAGGCCUCUGUGUUAUCAUGCAACUGAUCUCAUGCUUAACUUAAAUUGGAGUUUAUUUUGAAAGAAUUAUAUUAUAUGGAUUAUUAUUUUGGAGAAGAUUAAGAUUUGCUAAUAGUCUAAUAGCGUUAUAGAUUUGUUUUUCCCUAAAAGGUCCCGGACGUAAUGGGACAUUAUAUAUAGGAAAUGUUACUUUAUGACUUAGACUUACUGUAACCAAAGGAAGAAUUAAUUUUGAAAUUGUCCUUUAAGAAACGCUCAUAAUUCAUCUUGGAGAAUGUAUUUUCAAUACGACAUUGGCAUUUUGGCCACAAUGCUCAGACUUUAGAAGCACAACUUUCAAAAAUACGACAAACCCAUAACAUAUGAAUUUAACUACAUUUGGUUCUAACUGCACAGUCCAGAAGCCAUACUGAUUUAAAACAAGUGGUAAUAUUUCUAUGAAAUGUAUUUUUUUUCUUUUGUAUUAUAAUCUGUAAAUGUGUGAAGUUGUUACUAAAAGCUGAAACUGUUUUUUUUUUCUAUACAACCUUUUACAAAACAUGUUUUAAGUCCAGUUACAGUAUUUUGGUCGAGUAUCUAAUUCAGCUACUCAUUCAGUGUCUACUUUUUUUUCUCUUUUUACAAACUUGCAGGUGACCAGUGAUAAAGUUUUACUGUUCAACUCCUAAUCACCACAAAUACAAGUUGGCAAAAUGUGCAUGUUUAAUUAUCAGAAUAACUUGGUACACUUGCUAAAAUUGAACUUGAUCCAUCUCUGUAGCUUCUGUACUCAUCCAUUUAGUUGCAUCCUCUUCUUCAUUGUGGUCAGCAGCGUUUACUCUGCUCAUCUAAAGUUGCAAUAAAUUUUAUUUUUGCAUAAUUGAAA